UUUUACCUUGAUUUUAUUAUUUUUAUUCCUUGGUUAUAUUGCUUUGCUUAAUGCAGUUUAUUAAAGAUAAUUUUAGAUAUUAGUUUUAUAAAUAAUUUAUUAGUGUUUGAAUUUGGCCGUGAGUUCUGUGUAAUAGUUUUAAUGGUAUAAAAGUGGGAAUUAUUAAUAUGAAAUUAAAUAAGUUCGGCAAUUUUCGUAGCGCUUCGAGGUAAGGGAUCAACAAAAUUCUGGCCACAAUGUUAGGAUGACUUUUAGUUAUGUUAAAAGUAGAUGGUUUAAAAUAAGUCACAGUACUAGAAAAGCCUAUUUUUAUGACAUAUUCGCAACACGCACAAAUACUGCCUCCAAAUUAACAUGUCAGGCGAUGUACAAACACGAAAACGUAAAGAAAAAAAGAGAAAGAAAGAUGAAUCAAACGAUGAAAGUCAACAUUUACAAAAAUUACCAGCAAAAAUACCACCAGCACCGACAGAUGUAGCAAUAAAUGCAAAUGUUCAUAAAGAUAGCGGUGGCGGUUUCUGCGCUAAGAUAGUUUUCUUCAUUCUUCUCACCGCUUUAGCAGUUCUAAUUGGUCUAAUUAUUACGGAACAUAGAGGACUGUCCGAUGUUGAUAGCAUUAAAUCGGAUUCAAAGUUUUCGCGAAUUUUCGAUAGCUGGAUCGAAAAAAGCCCGUCAGAUGAACAUGACGAUGAUUCAGAAGAUAAAUCUGAAGAACAGUUGUAUAGUCAAGAAGAUAAUAUUAGCGAAGAUGACGAAGUUUCUCAAGAAGACGCUGAGGACGAAUUAGAUAGUAAUGAAGAAAAUACUGAAGAGGAUGAAGAAGAGAAUAAUGAAGAAGAUAGUGAAAAAGUUGAAGAAGAAGAAGAAGAAGAAGAAGAAGAAGAUGAAGAUGAAGAAGUAGACCAAAAAACCGAUGAAAAUGAAGAAGAAGAAACAGACGAGAAAACUGAUGAAGAGGAAGAGGAAGAAGACGAAGAUCAAGAAAGAACUGAAGAAAACGAAGAAGAAAUUGAAGAAAUCGAAAACGAAAAAAUAAUCGAUGGAAAUAGAGAUGUCAGUAAUCAGGACGAAAAAGACGAAAACAGAAGUGAUGAAGAAAAUUCUAAGGAUGAUGAAGAUGGUGAUAGCGAUGAAGAAGAUGAAGACGAUGAAAUUGUAAAAAGGGACACAGAUGAUAAAGUAACCUCAAGUGAAAAAUCGAAGAUCGUAAGUAAGGAGGAAGAUUCCUUGGAGGAAGAAAACAAAGAUACAGAAAACGUCAGUAAAGAAAUAAACGGAGAAGAUUCUGAAUCGGCUCAAACUGAGAAAAAGUCUUUAAAAGACAUCAUCAGCGCCUUACCAGUAGGUACUGCUUAUGAUGAUGAAUUAACAGAAGAGAAAGCGCAAUCAGAAAGUUCAACAACUCCCAAAGAAUACAAUCUAAAUGAAGAAAAGAGACAAGAAAGUGAAUUUAUUAAUGUGAUAGAUAUUACCCAGAAAGGAAUCGGUGAGGAACAAAACUCAGUGAGCGACACUAAAGACGAAUUAUCUACUCAGGAUGCUAGUAAAGACCUGGGUGAAGCUAUUCAUUAUAUACCAGACGACCCGGCUUAUGCAUUACUUUUAUUUACCAAACUCCUUGAGAAGAACCCAUCCUCACUUAAAGCUUUAUAUGGAAAAGCUCAAGCAUUGAACAGUUUGGCUGCGAAGAAGAAAAGCAAUGCAUUACUGGAGGAAGCCAUUAGUACAUACUUACUUGUUUUGCAAUCUCAAAGGAUUUCUAAUGAAAUGUAUAAAGAAGUGGCUGAAAAAUGCAUAGAUAGAAUGAGAUUUAGAGGUUAUUUUGGUAAAGCAAUUUCGGUUCACAAAGCGUUGAUUGAUAAAUUUCCUGAUUCAUUGGAAUAUAAAUACCAAUUAGUAAUAACAUAUCUCACAAUUAAUAGAAUAAAAGAAGCUCGUCAGCUACUCCAAAAAAUAUUAGCUAUUUAUCCUGAUAACGGUUUUGCUUUAGUACAUUACGGAUUUAUUUUAAAAACGGUAGAUAAUAAUCUUAACAAAUCAGUCGAAUAUCUUCGAAAAGGGAUUUCUACCAAAGCUGAGGGUGUUAUUGACGGGAGGUUUUAUUUUCAUUUGGGAGAUGCAUUAACUAAAUUAGGAAGAAUACAUGAAGCCCAGCAGGUUUAUAUAGAAGGUGUAGAGAAUAAGCUGUUCCUAUCAAAAAAUCAGCGUUCUUUAUAUAAUGUUGAUCGGUUGAAAGCAAAACCGUUCUGGGAUAAAAAGGAGACACCUUACAUAGAUUUCUUUAGCAUCUUGGAGAAAAAUUGGCAGAAUAUUCGCGACGAAGGAAUGGCCCUUCUUAACGAUGCCGGUUAUUUCGAAGAUGAAUCAGAAAAUCUACGAGACAAAGGUGAAUGGAAACAACUCGAAUUAUUUGCAAGGGGUAUUAAAAAAAAGAAGAAUUGUCAAAGUUGUCCUCUUACUUGUUCCAUUAUUGAAAGACUUCAUGAUGCUCGAUACUGUAGGAGGGGGCAGGUGAAGUUUAGCGUCAUGCAUCCAGGAACUCAUGUAUGGCCUCAUUGCGGGCCAACUAACUGCCGAUUAAGAGCACAUUUAGGAUUAAAAGUGCCUGACAACACAUUCAUUCGUGUGUGUGAUGAAAUAAGGUCGUGGAAUGAGGGGAAAAUAUUGAUUUUUGACGAUAGUUUUGAACAUGAAGUGUGGCAUAAUGGUACCGAAAUUAGAUUGGUUUUGAUUAUUGAUGUAUGGCAUCCGGAGCUUUCUGAACAAGAAAAACGUUCAUUACCUGCCAUAUAAUUUCUUUUUUAUAUUAAAUAUUUAUUACUUUUAGAAAAUAUAUUUAAAAAGUUCUUU